UCUCUCACCCUUCUACAUCCCUUUCCUACACACACACAUUUCACUCACACUUCACACUCCGGAAAGUAUGGCCACUGCACUCCAGACGGGUGGAUUUGUCCUGGGUCUGCUCGGCGGGGCUGCCGUCAUCGCCGCCACGGGGAUGAACAACUGGAGCGUCAAGGAUCGUCAGGGGGACGUGGUGACCUCGGUGUACACCUAUAAGGGCCUGUGGCAGAACUGUGAGGUGGGCACCUCAGGCUUCACUGAGUGCCGGCCCCUCUACGGCCUCCUGGGCUUCUCAGGGACCUUUCAGGCAGUGAGAGCACUGAUGAUUGUGGGCAUUGUUCUGGGUGUAAUAGGGGCCAUGAUAGCCCUGUUCUCCCUCAAGUGCCUUAAAAUGGGCAGCAUGGAAGAUUCCUCCAAAGCCAAGAUGACCCUUACAGCAGGGGUUAUGUUCAUCAUUGCAGGCAUUUGUGCUAUUGCUGGAGCUUCAAUCUAUGCUAACCAAAUUGUGGCUAGUUUCAUGAUGACCACCUACAACCCCAAUUAUGGAGGAGGGAUGGGACAGGGCAUAGAGAAUGGAGGAAAUAUGAUGCCGAGGUACACGUUUGGCCCCGCCCUCUUUGUUGCCUGGAUAGGUGCAGCUUUGCUCUUAUUGGGUGGGAUUCUGAAGUGUGUUGCCUUCAGGGGACUACAGCCAGACAAGUCAACCUACACAGGAGUUGCUUACAAAGCCUCCCAAGCCCAGAACAGGCCCGUCUAUGAUGACCACCAUGCAGAGGAUGGGAAGAGAGACAACCAAAAAUAUGUAUAAUUUCUGUUAUAUUCUGCAUCAAUAAAUUUGAUUCUACAUUAAGAAGCAUGAAUUUAAAUGUUGCUUCGGGAUAUAGUGCUUCAUUUUCAUAUACGCUUCCUAGAGUUUCAAUACAUUUUACUGCAUGUUAUUUAAAAAAUUGUAUUCUGUUGCGGUUGAUAGUGGGCUCCAUUUUAUACUGCCAGUAACUGUUUUAGUUUCAUGUGGUCUUGGGUAAUGUGUUAUUGCUAUUUUGUCAAUAAACCAUUAAUGUAAAGCUUU